AUAUUGCAUUAUUUGUUAAUAAUCCAUUACUCUAAAUGUAUUUUCUAAUAGUAGAAAAUGCACAAAAUGAAUGUUUAGAUCGUAUAAUUAAUCAUAUCUCACAUAACUGUGAGAUACAGUGCGAUACAGUGCGAUACAGUGUCGAUCAUACGAUUAAUAUCUGUGUGAUUCAAUCAAAGCACAUUUUUGUUUUUCUUACUUCUACAUGGAGAGAAUAUUAUAAUUUUUAAUUAUAAUCGAUGUUUAAUUAUAGUCGACGUUUAAUUGAAUUAAAUUAUGUUUGCCUUUUUUCACUCAAUAGUGUUUUUGUAUGUAUAGACAUAUAUAAUUAGAUAUAUCCAUACAUAAGAUCACAUAUAUGGAUAAAAUUCAUAGACAAUUAUAUAUGAAUUUUUUAAUCAUAUAUUUUUUAUAUAUGAACUGGAAAAAUAAUAUGGAAUAAAAAAAUAAUUAUUGCAGAAAAUUGAUCUAAAAUUUAAUUAAAAUUAUUGAUCUAACAGAAAAUUAGAAAUUCUUCUGUUACAGAACCUUGAGUAGCUCUUUUUAUUAUAAAAUUCUCUCCGUGCAAAAUAUUUCCUUUUCGUAUAUUUUAUUCGAUAUAGUGUCUCUAUCAUAAAAAGUUCAUCUAACAUAAAAAGUAAUACUAAUAUGAAAAACACGUUUUAUAUAAGGCUUUUCAAACGCUCCACAUUUUGAUUGAAACUUGCGCGGGUCAAUUGUCUCUUUACUUCAAUUGAUCUUAUCUUCGGAUCCCCUUUAAAAUAAAUCACAUUGAAGUAGACGGUAGAAUGAAAUUUCCUUAACGGUCGGGCGUAAUGACUCAUCCCAUCACUUGCAAAUGUAUAAAAGGAAAAUGCAUGUCUGCCGGAGCGUUGAAGGUUCUUAACAAUUAAAGCAGCCGGAGCGAAUACUGGCUACGCUGCAUCACGGAUUCCCUAAAGUCAUAAACAGACCAUGAGUCAUCAUCAGGUCAUGAGAUUCACAAAGGGGUUAAUGUCUCCCCCUAUCACAUUGCUGUUAGAGAUCGAGUCAAGACCUGCAUUAUCGAGUUCGCGUCAUCGCUGUGGUCACUGGAUAUUUCGCGGGGACUGUUGUAGAAAGAAGCCAAUUCAAUUCAGUAUCUUCCUUGACGCGUACGCGGUAGAAGACCGAGGAUGUGUCGACUAAAUCCCAUCGUGUGGUGGGCGCUUCUACUGGUGGUCGCCUACGCGGCGGAAAAUCAGAGUAAUUCCACUCAUGAAGACAAGCAGCAGGAUGACACGAUGCACUAUGAGCCUCACGUCAACAUCACUACCACGUGGGACCACGACGAGAAUUCCACGAGGGACGACGAGGACUCGGUACAGCAUGAGUUUUACAAUAACUACACGAAGAACCUCGAUGAGAAGAGCAGUCAGAAUGUGCCGGCUGAGCUUCGCGACAAAUCCACAGAGACCAGCGACGGAGGCAACUCUACCACGUCGCAGCUUCGCCCAGGAAGCAAUUCGAACGAAACGAAUUCCAAGAACUGCAAUGAGACAGUCUGUAUACCAAUUUGUUGCGAACUCGGCUAUCGUAUGAUCAGAGGCAUAUGCACGCCCGAUGACAGUGAAUAUGAUUUCCCGGAGGUACACGAGAUAGGCAAGAAGGUAAACGAAGUUUUUCCAUUGUUCGUAUCAAAUCCAUGUGUCAAAGGACACUACUUGCUCGAUUCCGUCUUAUAUUCCGAGGACGAGUACAUAAUUCUGACCAACGGUUCAGUGCACCAAACGCUAUUGAACAGCUCCAUUGAUCCGACAUCUUACUGCUUCACCGUCAUGAACAAGAGGAAAUACGAGCUGAUAAAGUGCUUUGAUGUUACAUUUACGACCGUCGAGAGGGCCGUGCAUUUCACCUUAGUAUAUAUCGGUAUCUUUGUGUCCUUGCCGUUCCUGCUAUUGACCUUCGUGGUGUACACCAUACUGCCGGAGCUCUGGAACAUGCAUGGCUACAUACUUCGCGGAUACGUCGGCUCGUUAUUGGUCGCGUACAUAAUCCUCGGGGUGUUCCAGUUCAUGUCGGACAAACCUGACGGUUUGUCGGAUGCAGUCUGCAUUGGAUCAGCCUUCGGCGUUUACUUCUCGUUCAUGGCGAGCUUCUUUUGGCUGAACGUGAUGUGCUUCGAUAUUUGGUGGGCGUUCGGCGGAUUCCGCUCGUUACAAAAAAGUGUGAAGCAACAGGAGAAAAAGAAGUUCAUCAUGUAUUCGAUUUAUGUGUGGGGUUGCACCUUCAUCCUCACUAUCCUCUGUCUCAUCAUGGAUUUCGUCCCCAAUAUACCGAAAAAUGUAUUCAGACCGAGACUUGGCCAUUUGAGAUGUUGGUUAACAACGGAAGAGGCAAAUAGCUUGUAUUUUUUCCUGCCCAUUGGUAUUACUGUUAUCUGCAACAUCUUCCUGUUCAUUUUCACGGCGUUAAAGAUCGUACAGCAGAAAAAGGAUAUGGCUCAUCAGCAGAAAAGCUCGGAAAGCAGACGUCACGAUUACAACAAGCAAAGAUUCAACCUGUACCUGAAGUUGUUUAUCAUAAUGGGCAUAACCAAGUGCAUGAAUAUAAUAACGUGGAUGUUCAAGAACACGCCGCCAGCCGUCUGGUACAUCUGCGACAUGACGAACGUUCUGCAGGGUCUCAUUAUCUUCAUCAUAUUCGUGUGGAAGGACAAGAUCAGGAAGCUACUACUAAAAAAAUUUGGCUGUCGGGAAGACAUAUUCUCCAGAAACUCAACGCGCAGUGGUUGCCCCAGCACAAGUUCUUCGCACACCAUCACAACAGGGGUAUCACUUCAGAAGAAGAUCAACCCCUAUGUACAGAAUUUGAACUGCCGCGCGAAAAAUUCGUCCGACGAGAAUUCGACCGACUGCUCUAAUGUAUAAUGCGAGGCGAUGUAUAAUUUCUUUCGUGCAGAAUCAUCGCAGUGGGUAACUUACAAUAUAUCUGAUGGUGCCGUAAUGUAAUUUUACAGUCAAAGCUAAAUUUUGUAUUAUUGCGCGUUGAUCUCUUUUUCUUUUUCACUUUAUACAGGGUAUCUGGUGGCACAACACUAAUAGCACUAAUAACAAUAAUGACACUCGCUUGUACGUUAAACUGUAUAGGAAAAUUUUGUAUCGUUUUACAAAUUUCACAAUAGUUAGUAAAGAAUUGAUUACAAAAUAUCAACGGAAGUGUGUGAUUGCACGGAAAGUGCUAAGGCGAUCUUUAUAAGUAAGAUCUCAUCCAAAAUAUUUAGAAUCUCUUCACAAUGAUUAGAUGUUCACGUGUAAAUUAUGACUCAGUAAGCAAAUUGACUUGAACAGAUAUAUAUUUUAUUAUAUUUGAACAUACAUAUAAUUUAUUAUAUUUGAAGGUAUAUAAUUUACAAUAUUUCAUAUAAUCUAUAUUGUUUAGUUAUUAUAUUUGAAGGUAUAUAAUUUACAAUAUUUUAUAUAAUCUAUAUUGUUUACAUGACAAACAGCCGUGUCAUAUAUAUCUCGCAGAAAAUAUAUAAACAAUUUAUGUAGAUGUAGAUGUAAUUUUGUAAUUUACAGCAUAACCCUGCUUUUGACAAUAUCCUGAUUCACUCUGUCUGUACACAAGCAUUGUGUCAUUGUCAGAUAAUCUGUAUAUAAUAUCUGAGACAUCAAAUCGAUGCUACUCUGCCAUAUUCUUUUAAUUAUUUACGAUUUAAAAGUUUUAAAAGUUUUAAGUAUUUACGAUUUAAAAAUAUUAUAGAUAUUUUUUAUUUUUAUAACAUUAUUAGCAAUAUAGCUAGUUAUAAUUUUUUAGUAUUUGUAGCGUUCUUGUAAAAGUUCCUUGAAAUUUGUUGAAAUUGUCAUAUAAAUUACUUUAUAUUAUUAUAAUAUAAUAGAUAAACGUGAACCAUAUAAAUAUACAUAUAUUAUUGUUGUAUUAGAGAUAUUGACGGAAGAGUUGAAGUCGUGUACCUGUCUUAUAAUGUGAAUGUGAUCACCUAUAAAAGAUUAUCAUAUACUAUUACAUAAUCAUUGUUAGAUUUUAAUUUUUAUUCUUAUAUUCAUUCCUAAAAGAUUUUAAUAUAACUAUAUGUUACCGUGGAUUUAUAUUUAUCUCUGGUAGAUUAAUAAAAGUAUGUUGUGUGUAAGUUAUAUGUAUCAAAUGUAUGCCAUAAUUUUGUACAAAUUUUACUUUAUUGUAACUUACCAUAUAAUCACA